CGUGAACGCGGCCAAUGUUCGCUGUUCAUCGCUGUUUGAUGUUUAGAGAAGCGCCAGUGUUUAAUUAUAUUUUUUUAUAAUUUAUAAGCUACUCCACACGCACACACACACACACACACACAUAUAAACGACUGAGUAGAGUAACGGAAUUGCGCAUGAAAUUGUAACAAGUAUGAUAACUUACUUUGCUAUAAACGGAAAACUAACGAGUAACGAGUCGAUAUGUCUUCUUUGUUGCAAGGAAACAAAUUUGACUGCCGGGUUAGUUCGGUGCUAAACAAAAAUGUUCGAUCUUACGGAAAGAAGUACAUGUUUGAUAAUUCCAAUGAAACGUGUUGGAAUUCUGAUGCAGGAAGCCCACAAUGGAUUGUUAUUAACUUUGAAGAAGAAUGUAACGUUUCUAGUUUUGAAAUAGAAUUUCAAGGUGGAUUUGUUGGAAAAGAUUGUCAUGUAGAGGCUGGCAAUGACAAGAAAGAUAUGACAGUUGUGGAAGCAUUUUAUCCAAAAGAUGCAAAUAAACUACAGCGAUUUAACUUAAAGACCCAGAUCAAAGCCAAGACUUUUAAAUUUGUAUUUAAUCAAAGUACUGAUUUUUUUGGCAGGAUUAUUAUAUACAAUUUGUCAUUAUACUCAUGAUAUUAAAUAUAUCUUGAUAACUUUAUAAUAUUACAUAGGAUAUUUCGGCGAAAGAUAUUUACACAAAUACUGCAAUUUGUGGACAGAUUAUUUUAUUUAAUUCUGCAAUAUAUAUUAUACAAUUUUUGUUGUUUUCUGUUUAUUAGUAGAAUAAUAAGCAUUAAUAAGUAAAAAGAUCUUUUCUGUAUAUAUGUGUUAUUUGUUUAAUUAAUUACAUAGGAGUUUCUUAGAUUACAUAAAGAUUAAUUGAUGUAUAUACUUUGAUUAACUAUUAAUUUAUAUAAUUUGUUCUCUUUAACUAAAAUUUUUAUUUUUUUUUCUUGCAUUGCAUUAUUCUACUUUUUUUAACUAUUAUACAAUAAUAGUUAAUAUAUAUCGUACGUAGAGUACAUAUAAAUAAUUAUUAUGAAUGAUAAAAAAAGAAAUUAUUUCAAUACUACAAAAAAUUGUUACAUUUACCAUGUAGUUUUCCUUAUAUCGCAUUUACAAUUGGUUGAGCACUGGCUGGCCGAGCUGAAAAAGGUUAAAGGCUGAAAUUUUAUGUCGUCGACAGCAAAACCUCCAUUACUGGCGCUUCCUUCGAGAAUAAGUCGAUAUGGAAUUCGUGCUUCGAUUGUCACUUGGGCUGGCAUCCAUACUGGUCGUGGAUUGUUAAACCCUUUAGCUGUUAGUGACCAUAGCUGCAACAAUGAAAUGACAAGUGUAGAACAAAAGUGCAUAUAUAUUCGUUUUCACAAAUGAAUACUCGUUUUAAUGUUUGUACUGGUUGUCCUUGCUCGUCCUCGUUUUCCUCAUCAGCCUUUUCGCUAGGCAUCUUGAUUACUCGCAAAGCAGUG